UACAAUAACAAUCUGCAGAGCAGGCAGAGAUACACUGUGAGCAAACCUGGGGACCACACACACACUCUCACACAGGGGAUCAGAGGUCCAGCAAGGCUGCAGACAUGGUGUCUCCUGUCACUGUGGUCAAAUGUGAAGGUCCAAAGCUGGUGCCAUUCUUGAAGGCCACAUGCGUUUACUUUGUGCUUUGGUUACCAACAUCUAGCCCAUCUUGGUUCAGUGCUCUGAUCAAGUGUCUUCCCAUCUUUUGCCUGUGGGUAUUCCUAUUAGCCCAUGGGGUUAAUUUUCUAGUUAGCCACAGAAGUGCCAAAAGAAUCUUUGCAGGAUUAAUUUUCUCAGCGGUGGGAGACGCCUUUCUGAUUUGGCAGGAACAAGGCUACUUUGUGCACGGCUUGUUGAUGUUUGCUAUUACGCACAUCCUUUACUCUUCUGCCUUCGGAAUGAAACCUUUGGAUUUGAAGACAGGUUCUGUCAUUGGUUCUAUUUCCAUCUUCUUAUACAUUUUGUUAUACUCCUAUCUCUCAGGCCCAUUCACUUACCUGGUGGCUGCCUACACGGCCCUGAUUUCCUUCAUGGGUUGGAGGGCCAUAGCUGGAGUCCAGCUGUGCAAUGACUUGUGGACAUGGACAAAACUCUCAGCCUGCAUUGGAUCUGUGCUUUUUAUAGUGUCCGACUUCACAAUUGCUGUAAACAAAUUCUGCUUUCCUGUCCCAUGCUCUAGAGCUAUUAUAAUGGCCACUUACUACGCAGCCCAGAUGCUAAUCUCGCUCUCGGCUGUAGAGUGCCGAGAUGAAGAAGAUUACAAAAAGAGGAAAUAAAACUCCCUGGGACCUAUUUUGAAAAAGAGGGUGCAAUACCGCAAACAAUACCUGUGUCUACAGCUCAAAGACUGCAGUUUGGCUCAUCUGACGUAGCACUUCUCCUGCUUGACCUGCGUCCUACAAGUGCAGUUCGGUGAAGCAAAAUAAAAACAAACUAUUUAAAACCGUUAUUAAAUUACUCCUUGCAUUGCUUGAGGCUGGCAUCGCGUGAUACUUUCCUGCAAAGUUUACUGUAUACCAAGCUCGGCCCUCGGCCAGAAUAAAGGACAACGAAACCAUAGUCUGCAUUUUAAGAGAGAGACAGUUACUAGAUACCUUGUAAGUCUUAUUCUAAAGACGUUGCUUGCAUUGCAGUUUAUUAAUAGCUAGGUCACCCAAAUGGUUGGUGAUUUUGCACAAAAAAACAAAACAACAGAAAUGCACAUUCCCUCGCUGUCGAAAUGACCUUAUAAAGUAUUAUCCAUUUGAUUAAUGAUUCGACAAGCCUUGUAAUCCAUCUGCUUGAAUGGGAGAUAGAGGUUUAGCAAUUUUCAGUAGUGCUGGCAGAAAACCAAAGCAUUAUUGCUACAAAUUAUCUGCAUCCACAGAGCAUAAAUGUGAUGUUUUUGUACUGUUUGCAGGUUCGGACAGUCAAGCAAACUGCAUGCUCCGUUGUUCACAAAUCUCCACAUGACUGCAGAGCAAUAUUUGGCAAUCUAAUGCAGUGGAGGAAGGGGUCUUAAGGCAUCUAUACCACUGGCAUCUAUAUUAAUUUUUAUAGCAUGGGUGUCCAAUCUGUAUGAUGUUGGCUAAGUUUUCCAGAAUUGUUUGCCAGCUGCUGGCUGCUAAGGUUACAAUCCCAUUCAUCUACGUACUUAUAUGGUAGCAUCAGUCUUUCAGAGGCUGGUUCUGUCUGGGCAUUCAGGUUUUCAGCAAAAUGGAUUAUUAAUUGGAAACUAUUGUAAAACAUCCACUGUGAAAAAUACAUUUUUGAUAUAUUGUAGCAUACAUUAAUACAUUCUACUUUGCAAUACUGUAAUGUCCAUAUCCCUUUAGUAUAAAAGAUAUUGCUGUUUUGGUUUAUUGCCCCCUCCGUUCAAUGCGAGUUGCUGUGUUCCUUGAGUAUUCUACAGACAGCAGUUAGUCAGUCUAACUGUUUGGAUCAUUGGCAGUAGCCUGAUAUAUGCUGUUCAGAGUAGGGCAUGAACUCUCACUCAUAGUAGAGAGGCAGGGGGAUUAAAACCCAUAAUAUAUACCUCCCCACAUUUCACCAACCAGAAUUCAUGCUCCAGUCCCACGGUCUUGCGCUUGGUCUUUGGUGUUCAACAAUUUGGCACAUCAAAAUCAAAGCCAACUAGUGCAUUAUUAGAUGUACUUGCAUGGCAAAAUGUGCAUUCAAGACAUUGAAUUCACCUCCAGUCCUAAGUAAUACUUUAAAUUACCAACUAAAUGGCUAUGACCAAUACAAUUGUAUAUUUAUCUACUAAAAUCUAUCCAAAGGUGUUAUUAUUUUUUUUAAAUCUAAGUUCCCUUGUACGGUAAUGAUCACAAACAAAAAAUGUUCUGCUCCACCAUGGUAAAGUAUGUGAGUGGAAUUUGCUUCUCUCUUUCUUUGCCAACGUCAUCAGGACCAUUUGUCAAUAAGGCAAAACAGCCAGAUACAUGAAGCAAUGAUGUUUGAUGAGUACGUGGUCGGGAGAUUUGUCUCUGAUAACUUACUCUGUAAGAAUUUAGAACUAUAACGUUAAACACGUGAUAAAAUCAUUGGAGGUUAAUUAUUCUCCUGCCAAGUGCAAAUGAGGUGCCCAUGGCUCUACCUGUAAUUUAUGCAGGUGCAUAAUAUUUAUCUUUAGACUGACAUAGUGAUUUGGAACAAUGACCACAUUACAACAUUCAAAUGAACUCCAAAUUUUGUGGCAAAAUAGCCAAAUUGGAAACAUAGUGGAAGCAGAUAAUUUUUCAAAUUUGGCUAUAUUUAACAAUUCACACUUUAGUAAAUAACCCUUUUAAUAUAGUCCCUGGCUCCUGGCAGGAGUAUAAUUAACAUGUAACCAAAUGAUGUUACCUCCGUCUCCAUUUACAAUACCCCAAUGGGUGCUAAAUGGGUACGCAGAAAUCAGAGUAGAAAAGAUGUAGAGAAAC